AUAAUUCUCACCUUUUAGUAAAAAAUAUAAAUUCUUACCAUUCGUAUUUAUUAUAAGUUAAUAUUUAAAAAGAUAAGAAACAUAUAAAGACAAUGGAUUCCAUGUCAAUGCUAACUAGAUAUGCAUGCCAAUUAUGGCGUAUGCAUGUGCACAAAGGUCACUAAUGAAAAAUAAAUACAAUAAACAAUGUGCCUUUUAAUUUAAAACCGCGUCCUAGUUACCUUAUUAACCAAAUUAAACUAAAACAGAAAAAUAAUAAAAGGAAACCCUUUUUCAAUAAAAGGAAAUCUUGAUAGAGAUAUCUUCGGGAUCUUCAAUACUUAAAUAUUAAUCUUCCGAGAUUCUUUCAUAUCCCUCCAGACACAAAAAUAUUAUAUUAUACACUUUUUCUUUCAACACCCUCAGAAAAUCUAAUGGCGAGCAUUGAAAAAUAUGAGGCAUUAUCAGAUUUUUUCAAGAAAUUUUACAUUCCAUCGUACGUUCUCUCGCCUGAAGCCGAGGCUGUGGCGGUGCCAAGUACUCCACCUGAGAGCCCGAUUCUCGUAUUUAUCAACUCCAAAAGUGGUGGUCAACUCGGUGGAGAACUCAUUCUUACCUACCGUUCUCUUCUCAACGACAAGCAGGUUUUCGAUCUUAACGUAGAGACUCCGGAUAAGGUGCUACAGAGGAUCUAUCUUAACCUAGAGAGGCUAAAGCACGAUGCUCUGGCUUGCAAGAUUAAGGAAAAGUUGAAAAUAAUUGUUGCAGGGGGGGAUGGCACAGCUAGUUGGCUCCUUGGAGUUGUUUGUGAUCUUGAGUUAUCCAAUCCACCUCCAAUUGCUACUAUCCCCUUGGGUACAGGAAAUAACCUUCCAUUUGCAUUUGGAUGGGGUAAGAAAAAUCCUGGAACAGAUACGUCUUCUGCGGAGUCAUUUUUGGCUCAAGUGAUUAAGGCCAAAGAGAUGAAGAUAGACAAUUGGCACGUACUUAUGCGGAUGAAGUCUCCCAGAAAAGGCUCUGGUGAUUCUAUCGAGCUACCACCUUCUCUACAUGCAUUUCGUCGUGCUUCUCCAUCAGAUCAAGCAAAUAUGGAAGGUUACCACACAUUUCGUGGGGGAUUCUGGAAUUACUUUAGCUUGGGGAUGGAUGCUCAAACAUCUUAUGAGUUUCAUUCUCAGAGAAAAUUACAUCCUGAAAAUUUUAAAAAUCAGCUAGUCAAUCAGAGCAGAUAUUUAAAGCUUGCUUGCAAACAAGGGUGGUUUUGUGCCUCUCUUCUUCACCCUUUUUCACAUAACAUAGCUCAGCUAGCACAAGUUAAGAUUUGUGACAAAAGUGGCCAGUGGAACGACCUUCACAUUCCCCAAAGCAUCAGGUCCAUCGUAUGUUUGAAUCUUCCUAGCUUUUCUGGAGGACUAAAUCCUUGGGGAGCACCAAAUCCCAAGAAACAAUAUGAUAGAAGCCUGACUCUACCAUUCGUAGAUGAUGGACUCAUCGAAAUCGUUGGUUUUAGAAAUGCUUGGCAUGGUCUUGUUCUCCUCGCUCCAAAGGGUCAUGGAACAAGACUUGCUCAGGCAAAUCGGAUUAGGUUUGAAUUUAAGAAAGGUGCAGCGAAGCAUGCAUACAUGAGAAUGGAUGGAGAGCCUUGGAAACAACCACUGCCUCUUGAUGAUGAAACUGUCAUAUUAGAGAUUUCACAUCAUGGUCAGGUGAACAUGCUUACAACUGAAAAUUGCAUGUCCAAAAGCAUGUAUGAGUCUUCACCCAAAGUCCGGUUUAGCGAUGAUGGAACUGAAGAUGAACCAUUAGUGGCUAAUUGUGACGAGGAGUUUAGAAAGUUUGGUGCAGCUGAUACAUUUAAGAUUCCCAGUGAUGUUUGAUGAUUUUCUUUCUGUUUCAGGAGGAUAAAUGUUUUUUAAAAAUUCAAAAAUAUAAAAUUUAAAGUUGUUUAUAUAUUUUUUUAUUAACUGAUAAUGAUAUAUUUAAU